GAUUGAUAUGCUAACGAGUAUUAGAGAGCAUUUUCAUGGAGCAUACAUCCUUACAAUUAUGGAAGGCCUGUGACAAACUUUGCGGAAACUUGUUCACACUUCAUGCCUUACGUAUACAUCCCAUUUACAUAAACAAAUUGCAGGCGAUUUUGCCGAACCACGUUAAAUAUUGUAUCAGCGUGUUUGGCCCUCCUAUGAGCAAGUAUCAGAACAUCACCGGUCGAAAUUCCCAACAAUGUCAUCAGUGCACUCCUGUGUGUUAUGGAUCAAGCAAACAUCAGACACCCACAUCAAACGAGUUCGGAAUCUCCUCCGCUGCCUGUGGUGAUGGAUUCAUACCUCUCAAUCAACUUAGCUUACCGCAAAAUACCACUCCUCUUCUAAAAGUUAUGGUCAUGAACAUGGUGUUUGUUAAAGCUGAAAAGGUUGUUGAUGUUGCUCUCACUGUAGACGAUGGAACAGGCUGGAUCAGUUGCAGCAAAUGGUUCUGUGUAUUGACAGAAAAAUUCAGUUUAUCCAAGCAGUGAAGUGUCAAUGGACUAAAGGAUUGGCUGUCUGCAACAAUCUUCAAGCAUGUCCUUCUGCCAACGCUAUCUUUAUGGAACUUCGAGAAUCCUUUCUUGAUUGCAGUGGACAAGACAAGGACAUGGAUGAACUUUGCAAGCAGCAGAAACUUCCCAUGGGGAAGAUCAACUGAUUAAGUACUGUCUCGCCCUCCUCCACCCCCCACUACAGGAACCAAUUACAUUAGUACUUCGAGUUCUGAUACACUCUGCAAUGGAUGAAAUUCAUUACGAAGAAACCUUCCCUGUAUAGUUUAUUUCCAGUAUCGUAGACAAUAUACAUGAAAGUGCUAGGAUCUGAACAUGUGUGGGUUUUUUUUCUAAAUUUGACAUGUCUGUUAGUGCAAUGUUUUGAUAUGACCCCUAGAUGAUGAUUACCAUGCUCUCCAUUUUCUCUCGGAGAUCAAGCCCUUUAUAAGUCGUGUUGCUGAUCAGACUUAAUAUUUUUCCAUUUAUAUGGCUGAUUAAAUUCAAUU